CGUAGAAAAUGUAUUUUAUCCUUAAUUAAAGCCCCAAAAUUUUCUCCCAUUUUCAUCUCCCCCAAUUUUAUAACGCGCCGCCCACACUCUCCCGUAAGAUCUCUCCUCCGCCUCAAAAAUCGAAGCAAAAAACCUCGUCUGCGCCGCCCCAAACAGCGGCGCUGCACAGUAAACUCCGGCAGAAGGAUUCUGCGGUUCGGGUCUCAUCGGGUUGUGUGAUUCUCCGUCGCCGGAGAACUCGAGGAUGGCUCAAUCGAAGUCGGGGCUGUCUCAUCUCGACGCCUUGCCAUCGACGCCGGGGAAGCUGAAGACGGAGAAGAACAAUUUCUACCGGCUCCGAUUCCACCCCACCUAUUUCCCAAGGUUCAGUCUCGGAUCUUUCGUUCUCGUCUUCCUAAUUCUCCUGUUUUUGUUUUGUUCCCCGCCGGCGAAUCCCGGCAGUAACCGCCGCAAUCUGGCGGACUCGAUUGCGCCGUCGCAGACCGCCCAUCUCGGCCCGAACUGGGAGCGCCGUGUCCGGGCAUCCGCUCUGCCCCGGUCCAAGAAAGGCCUCUCAGUCCUGGUCACCGGGGCGGCCGGAUUCAUCGGGUCCCACGUCUCCCUCUCCCUCAAACGGCGAGGAGACGGAGUGAUCGGGAUCGACAAUUUCAACCCUUACUACGAAAUCGGCCUGAAACGGGCCCGGAAAUCCCUCCUAGAGCGUUCCGGUGUCUACAUCAUUGAAGCUGACAUAAACGACGCCGUUUUGCUGAGGAAGCUAUUCGACGCCGUCCCGUUGACCCACGUCAUGCAUCUGGCCGCCCAGGCCGGAGUCCGUUACGCGAUGCAAAACCCGUCCUCGUACGUCCACAGCAACGUGGCCGGGUUCGUGACUCUUCUUGAGGCCUGCAAAGACGCAAACCCUCAGCCAGCCAUUGUUUGGGCCUCGUCCAGUUCCGUUUAUGGGCUGAACUCAAAAGUCCCAUUCUCAGAGGACGACCCAACGGACCAGCCCGCGAGUCUCUACGCCGCCACGAAGAAGGCGGGCGAGGAGAUCGCGCACACCUACAACCACAUUCACGGGCUGUCCAUCACGGGCCUGCGGUUCUUCACCGUGUACGGCCCGUGGGGAAGGCCCGACAUGGCCUACUUCAGCUUCACAAAGGACAUAUUGAGGGGAAAGGAGAUCAAGAUAUUCGAGACCGAGAACCGGGGCUCGGUGGCCCGGGACUUCACGUACAUCGAUGACGUGGUGAGAGGGUGUUUGGGAGCGUUGGACACGGCGAGGAAGAGCACGGGGGCCCGCGGCGGGGGGAAGAAGAAGGAGGCGGCGCAGCUGAGGGUGUACAACUUGGGGAACACGAACCCGGUCCCGGUGGGGCGGUUGGUGGGCAUCUUGGAGAAGCUGUUGAAGGCGAAGGCGAAGAAGAAGGUGGUGGCAAUGCCGAGGAACGGGGACGUCCCGUUCACCCACGCCAACAUCUCCCUCGCCCAGAGGGAGAUCGGGUACAAGCCCGCGACCGAUCUCGAGGCCGGGCUCAAGAAGUUUGUCAAGUGGUAUGUGAGUUACUAUGGCUCCAAGAAGAGGAGUGGUGUUUGGUGAUGGAUUUGUUCUUAAGAGGAGGAGGGGAAGGAAAUGGUUUUCAUUGUCUUGCCAAACUUUGCUUGUAUAUUUGUUUGUCAGGGACAUUAAUCAUCAAUAACAUUUGUUUAUCCUUAUCAUUAGUAAUAAGGCCUUGUUUGGUAA